AUGUCCACUCAAGAAAAUGGCACCACCCAGACACCGUCCACCCCACAAAAAACGCUGAACACCCAGGAACGCCUUUUUGGCGGAAACGCCCCGACUACCCCAAAACGGAUGACACCAACCUUCAAGUCAACCAUUUUUGAUGGACAACAACCUCCAGCAUCACCCCAACGAACCCCGAAAAAAGUGAUCCGCACGAUUGAGCGUAACCCGAUCACCGGUGAAGUCAAGGCCGGCCAACAGCAAAAGAUUACCGCG